AUGGGCGAACAGAUUAUUGAAAAAUGUUCCUUGCUUAAGUUUCACGUGAACGGGUCGUCUCUCAUCAACGCAAAGAACCAAGAUGUAGCCACCGUUGAUUUCUGGAUCUUUGCUCAGACCACCGAUCGAGAUCUGCUCCGUAUGGAGAACCCGUACGGUCUAUUACGACUGUGUAUGACCACUUUUCUCGAGGGCGUUCCCGGAGCGUCUCUUGGUAACGACUUCCGUUUGUCGGAAGGUUAA